GGCUUCCUGCCGAGGCUGCCUGGUCACAUGAUGUAACGACGCUGGCUACGAGCUAACAGUUAGCCUCGUUUGUUAAAGCCGCUGUCAGGUAUCCCCGCACGGACGGGUCGGUCCGGUGCGACCCAGCGAACACACCGCCGCUGCCCGGGAAUCCGCCGGGCAUUGCAGAAAGAGACUCCUCUUCUUUCCUACGCACCCUCUUCAAGAUAUCCACUCAUUAAACCGCAGCUCAAUCAGCCCUGCGUCCUCGGGGGGGGUCCAGAGGCCGGCCCGUCUUCCGUCAGCUACCAGACGUCGGCAGACUGUGGCGGAGGACUCUCAUGGACGAGAUGGACGGGCGAUAAAUAAGACGUCAACCUCAGAGGUACACGUUGAUUUCGUAAUGACAAGCUGCUGUGCAGAAGAUGUCCACGCUGUCUGUGACUGAUAUCCCAGAUGUUGGUCAUGAUGAGAGUAAGGUGUUCGACGGGGCCUCUGAGCUGCAGCUGGACUGCAUGGUUGAGGAGAGCAGUGGAAGCGGCGUCGCAAUGAAGCACGAGGGCCUGCUGUCGCUCACCGCCCUCUCCCCGCCCCAUGACUUCCCCGCGGCCCCGCAGAACGGCCCCCCGCUGCCCGUGGAGCCCGGCGACAUCAAGCUGGAUCCAGCUGCAGGAGACACAUCUGGCGGCAUCGAUGGCCAGCCGGUGAAGAGAAAGAAGGGACCCGCUCCGAAGAUGUUGGGGAACGAGGUUUGCAGCGUGUGCGGCGACAAGGCCUCGGGUUUCCACUACAACGUGCUGAGCUGCGAGGGCUGCAAGGGCUUCUUCCGGCGCAGCGUCAUCAAGAGCGCCCAGUACGCCUGCAAGAACAACGGCCGCUGCGAGAUGGACAUGUACAUGCGGCGCAAGUGCCAGCAGUGCCGCCUGCGCAAGUGUCGCGAGGCGGGCAUGCUGGAGCAGUGUGUGCUUUCUGAGGAGCAAAUCAGACUGAAAAAGAUGAAGAAGCAGCACGAGGAGGAAACGGCCCGCACGUCCACAGUGGUCACGCCCUCCCCCCCACAGGAAGCGGCCGCGCUCGACCCGCAGCAGCAGGAGAUGAUCGAGAAGCUGGUGGCCAUGCAGAAACAAUGCAACAAGAGGUCCUUCCUGGACCGGCCCAAAGUGACGCCGUGGCCGCAGAGCCAGGACCCGCAGAACCGAGAAGUGCGGCAGCAGCGCUUCGCCCACUUCACCGAGCUGGCCAUCAUGUCGGUCCAGGAGAUUGUGGAUUUCGCCAAGCAGCUUCCCGGCUUCCUGGAGCUCACCAGAGAAGACCAGAUCGCGCUGCUGAAGACCUCCACCAUCGAGAUCAUGCUCCUCGAGACGUCCAGGAGAUAUAACCCCGCCAUCGACAGCAUCACCUUUUUAAAGGACUUUAGUUAUAAUAAGGAGGAUUUCGCCAAAGCAGGGCUUCAGUUCGAGUUCAUCAACCCCAUCUUUGAGUUUUCUAAAGGAAUGAACGACCUGCACCUGGACGAGGCCGAGUACGCCCUGCUCAUCGCCAUCAACAUCUUCUCAGCAGAUCGGCCCAACGUACAGGAUCACGAUCUGGUGGAGAGGCUGCAGCAGCCGUACGUGGACGCCCUGCGCUCCUACAUCAUGAUAAAGAGACCAAAAGAUCACCUGAUGUUCCCUCGCAUGCUGAUGAAGCUGGUGAGCCUGCGCACGCUCAGCAGCGUGCACUCGGAGCAGGUGUUCGCCCUCCGCCUGCAGGACAAGAAGCUGCCGCCGCUGCUGUCUGAGAUCUGGGACGUGAACGAGUGAGCGCAGCCCCCAUGUCACACUCCAGAGACAGACUGGCGUCCAGCAGGAUCACGGACUCGCACCUCCCCAUCCGGUCAGGGACUGGUCGCAGCAUUGAGGGGUUUUGUUUUUUCUUUUUUUUUUUUGAAGAGCGUCACGGUGAUUUCGCUCUCAGACUGUAAGACGGAUCCAUGAGGACAAACGUUUCACCUUUUUGUUUCCCAUCCGGAUGCUGCUCCACCAGCGUCUGGCUCUUUCAGCCGGUUAUCUGAUGUCUCGUCCGUCGAUGUCAAUCUUCUUGUCUGAUCCCACACUCUUCCUCCUACAGCGGUUAGCAGGAAGCACCGAAGCAGGUCUCGGCUGCGGCUGCAGUCACGAGUCGAGAUCGCAGCUGCACUUUCGGUUGUGCAAUAGGUGGAAACACACGCAGGUUUGGGCGUGAGCGGCCCGGUAAUCUGCUCCUCACUUCACUGACGUUAGAGUUCAAUGGUAAACAAGUAAAAUGAAAAGGUUGGUGUUGUAGCUCAGGUAAAGUAAUGUGAAGUAGACCUCUGGGAAUUGGACACUAUUUCAGUUUUAUUUAGAUGGCUUUAGUUUUCUUCCAAGUGACCUUUUUUUUUUUUUUUUUUUUCCUUUUGGUCAUUCAAAGCAGCCCCGUUAACAUUCAUGUAAAUUUUGUAUUUAUUUUUUUUUUUUUGCACACACAAAAAAAAAAUGUAUGGGGACACAGACAAGUAUCCAAAUGAUUGUACAAUCUAAUACUAAUGCACAAGAGAAACACUCUGACGGGCAAACUGUGUCCUGGAUCACAGGAGAACUUCAGGUUUACCUGAUGCUCUGCUGCCUUUCAUGAUGCCUGGACUGGUUCAGAUUUCAUGAAAAUGAAGUUAAGCCCCUACUUCUGUUCCCCGGAUGAAAUUCUAUCCUCAAAUCAGAAUAAAACGGACCGUACGGGGCUUUCAUAGCAGCAGAGUGAACCGAGUGUGUGUGUGAGCUGUGAAUGCAUAUGGAUAUUUGUGUGCAUAUAACUAGAUCUGUACGUGUGAGAAAUGUUUAGUGUGUGUGCUGAAUUGGGAUUUUGUGUGAUCGUACUCAUCGUAGCUAACUAUAACGCACAAGAAAGUUAGUUAUGAUGAGUUAUGUGAUUUCCCUUUGCGGUUCCCACAAGGACACGUAAAUGUUCCCCUCUUCACUUCCCUCAGAUGGACCUCAACUACUUUUUUUAUAACACUUUCCUGAUCAUAAUAUAAAGUACUCAUGCGUGUGAGUAGAUCCCACAGUGUUUGUGCUUAUCACAAUUUCGUGAGCAGAGUUCACAUUUACUAGACAGAAAAUUCAGCAAUUGCCGUGGAAAAUGAGUCUAAUCUCUAAAUAAAGUCAGUUUCAAUAAAACCUGGUGCAAAAAUACAGUGAAAUGUUAAUAACAUUUCUAUAGCUGUUGCGUUACGCAUGUUUUUAAAAACUCAGCCUGGCUUUGAGGUUAGUUCUAGCCUGCUGACCUUCAUGACAGCAUGGCAUCUUUAAAUUUGUUUUAGAAAACCUAUAUUUUUUUUGUAAUUGUCUCAAUUUGCUCUGUGGCUUUUCAGCCCCCCCCCCCCCCCCCCCCCGUUGUAGCUCCUAUCCAGCUCUUGUGACGUUACCUUUGUGAUCACUGAGCGUUAUGAUGACGGUUUAGAGGCUGGAAGGAAACGGAUGACUGAGACUCAGUCUGCCUGUCUGUGUCAAGGGCAAAAAAAAAAAAACCUUUUCACAAGCCGACUGAGGAGUUGGCACGAAUUUGGAGAAGAUGGAGACAUUUCUAUGUCCUUGUAGGUCUACGCACAUCUCUGCACCCUGUGCAUGCACAACAGUAACAUUACACACACACACACCUCGUAGCUGCUGUGUUCGCUCCAUACGACCAACUCCAUCAACACGAUCUCUGUUUUUAUGCUUCUGUGACAUUGACUUUCAUUCAUUUUAUUAAAAAGCACCGUUUAAUUUCCAUGAUUUAAAUGUGUGAGAAAUCCAUAUGCAGAAUUAAUUCAGCUUUUGGAAGAUGUAGAAAAUUUGUGCAUAUUUUUGAUAAUAUAUUGUGAUAAUACUGAGGCAGGAGAAAAUAAAACCCAUGUAUAGAAUGACACAUGAUCUUAAGGUCUAUUAUACUCAACAUAAACAGCUUUAACAGACUUUGAAGACGGAUUAGAAAGAAAUCUGUCAACAAGUAGGAAGAAAAAACAAACAGGACUUUGAGUUUUACUGAGUGAAACAGUUUUUUUUGUUGUUGUGCAUUUGUUGUUUUCCAUACGUUAUUCUGUGCGGCGUGACGUUCAGAUGCUGCACACUGGACGAUGAAGGACUGUCGAUCUUCAGUUGUGACGUUCAUUCUCUCUUCCUGUUUGAUUCAAGAGGGCUAGAAACCGGACGAUCCACUGCGAGUGCAGCCUGUUUGGAAGUGGCAGCAAUCUGCACCGGUAUUUCAGGAUGUCGCAGCCAGAUUCCCAUAACUGUAGCUUUACAAAGGGGGAUGAAUCACGUCCUUUUCAGCUUUUCAGCAUCACGUCGAAGAACCGGUUUAAUCCAGGCAUCGUACAUUACUGCUCGAUGGUUUGAAAUGCAGAUUCACACACACACUCACACACACACUCACACACACACACACAGCUAACACAAUGUGCUUCUGCUUCAUCCGAACUCUGAGGAAUCGUCCUGAAGCCACUUGAUGUGUGGAGCUGUCUGCGUUCUGUACUGGACUGUCUUAUCUUUUACCUCCAUUCACCAGCAGUUUACCUGUUCUGGACCUUCCAGAUGGUCAGAUGAUAUAUUUUUAUAAGCACGCUUUUCAACAUCAACAUUUUGACUUGUUCCGGUGGAAAAAGAAGAAAAAAAGCAUGGUUGUUGAGGUGUUGUUAUUCUAUUUCAGCGCUCCACUGGGGUAUAAACAGACUGAAACUAAAGCAGCUAAAUGGAAUGCGGCCAUCACUCCAUGCUUUUUUUCUUUCUUUCUUUCUUUCUCUAACUCGGACAUGAAAAAAGAAAAGGAACCACUACAUUUGCUCUGGGAAUGGUGAAGUUCUGAAUUAGAGCUUCAGACUGUUUCAUUUGAAGUCAUUAACACUUCAAUAUUGGUCCAAAUAAAUGCAUCUUAAGGAGGAAAUGAUCAAACGAAUGAACUGUUACUUAACAACCUGAAUCGACUAAGAUUUCCCUUCUUUACGUUAAACUACCAGCUUCAGUUCUCCUUCAAUGGGGAAAUAAUUCAUCACAGUGUGGACGAUGGCUCCGCCAUGGCCCGGGGAUCUGUCCUCUGCUUUCAUUUGGAAGGUUUCAGUGUAUGUAUGUCUUCAAGAGAGGGCGAGUCCACCAGCAUUUUGCUUCACUUGAAUGUUAGGAGAACCAGAGAUUGGAUGAAGGGGCUCUGAAAGGGAAAAAAACAAAACAAGUUUGUAAAUCAUUGAAUUAAAAGGUUAAAUCUCUUGUUCCAUUUAGAUUCAUUAAAAAUAUUUUUUAUUAGUAAACACUGUUUGAAUCUUUAUUCUAAAAGCUUGUAAAUUAAUGCGGCGGUCAGCUCCACCUGUUGGCUGAAUGAAUCCAAACAUUUAGGUGUCACCCUCCAAUGGCGUGCACGUCAGACUGCAAAAUCCCAAAACAACCUUACCAGUUUUUCUUCCUCAACAGUGUUGGAAAAGCAUGUAGCAAAAGGCUGCUGCUGCUGCUGCUGCUGCUGCAUUGUUUUCCCGCCUUGUGUUUGUCUGAGACAACAGGACUUCUUAAAAGAGCCAGUUCCCAUUUUCAAGUUUUGUAAUGAAGAUACAUCUCAGAAAAUGUGAAUAGAAAUGAAAAGUUAACCAUUUUCUCAACUCUCUGUGCUAAAAUCAUGCAAACUAAAAUUUCUACACCAUUGCAUUUACUUACAGUAAGUCUGUGUCUCGAAGCACCACCUUGUGGUCCAAACUGGUAUUGCAAGGCAAUAUGAGCUGGGCGAGUUGAAACUUGCAGGCGUUGGGAGAUGAAGCAUCGCUAAGUGUCCCUUGAGAUGACAUUGAGUGUUUUGUCUCGAUCGCUUGGUUAUUUGAGCUCAUAAUAAAUUCAAAAUAUUACAUAUUGUACCUUUUUGAUGUGACCGUGGCUUCAAGUUCAAAGAAAAGAGGGGGAAAAAAUAAAUAUUCCAAUAUUUUAGCAUGGUUUGUUUUUGAUGUUUAGCAAUUUCACACUAAAAAUCUGAAGAAUAAAACUGAAGGCUUAAAGAUAUCAGUUUAUAUGGAGUAAAUCGAAAUUAUAUCUUGAUGUUUGAAUUGAAAUGAACUUGUCCAUUAUAUUCAGAUUUUUUGAGAUGUGUCUAUAUUUUGUGGUUUUUUUCUUCUGAAGUUGCCUCUAUGUGUAUUCUCAAAGGAAGCGGAAUGGCUGUAAAAAGGAAGAUAAAAUGUUAGCAGGGUAUUUAAACAGGAACACGUUUGACCACGUAUUGUAUCGAACCUUCUGCCUUCUCUAAAGUUGAAUUUGUGUGUUAUUGACACUAAAUAUGGGAACAUAUUUUAGAUUUCCUGACAUUCUCUUAACCCUUCAGCAAUGUCUUGAAUUGUUUCUUUAUUAACUGAGGCAGAUUAACACAGAACUGUGUACAAAGUUGUGUCACAGCAGCGAUUGAGUAUUUUUUUUUCUUGAGUUGGCUACACAAAACUUACUUUUGAAACCUUUUUGAUUUUGUUUUGCAGUAAAACUUGUGGGGUUUUUUUCUUUCAGUUUGAUGCUUGCAGAGUAUCUCUAACAGCAGCGUCUCUCUGAUGCUGGGGGAUGUUCUCCCGCGUCACGUGUCAGCCGAUGGAGGGAAUACUAAUGAAUGGUGGAGAGUGUGCGUGUGUGCGUGCGUGAGUGUGUGUGUGUGUGUGUGUGUGUGUGUGUGUGUGGUCUGCUCAAAUCAAACCAGCUCGAAGCAUCAGACGCUGCCUCUCAGAAGUUCCCUUGUGUUCGUGUGGUUGUGUUGAAGCUGAAUUGUACUGUAUAUACUGUGACUGUCAUCUCUGAUCUCUCUUAAUUCCUGUUGUUGAAAGGAUGACACUGUACACAUUGUUGGUAUAUAGAAAUGCAAAGCUAUUUUAAUACUUGUAACUCCUGAAAACCUUCUGUUUUGUAUGUACAGUAUGAAUUAAAGCUCUGCUGUAGUGCUGAC